AUGCAGUCCAGAGAAGCGUCUCACGCCGGGUCGUGGUACUCGGACAGUACCCGUACCCUCACCCAUCAGCUCGAUCAAUGGCUGGCCCAAGUACCAGAUACGAUGGCCAACGUCGGCUCGCUGCCCGUCCCCGGAGCCCGAGUAAUCAUCGCACCCCACGCGGGUUACUCCUACUCCGGACCCUGCGCCGCCUACGCAUACAAAGCCCUCGAUCUCUCCAAAGCGUAUGAUGAAGCCCACGGAUCCGACCUUCUGAUAAUGCCUCCGCAGCUGACAUCUCGUCCCACCAGCAAGCGCAUCUUCCUCACUUCAUACUACACGCCUCUCUCCUCCGAUCCCCUCCCCCUCGACACCGAGCUCAUUGCCCACCUCCUCAACACGCCCGCCACCAAAGCCACCGGCUCCAAAGUAAGCUUCACGACGAUGACCCGCUCCAUCGACGAAGACGAGCACAGCAUCGAGCUACACCUGCCCUACAUCCACCGUCUCCUGCAGCUGCAGUACCCCAACACCCCGACCGCGCAGUACCCGCCCCUUGUCCCAAUCAUGGUAGGCAGCACCUCCGCCGCGACGGAGCAGGCGUUUGGGUCAUUGCUAGCGCCCUACCUAGCGGAUCCAUCCAAUGCAUUCGUGAUCAGCUCGGACUUUUGCCAUUGGGGUCUGCGGUUCAGGUACACAUACUAUGUACCACAGGCACCGAAACCGAGCCUGCCUUUGCCCUUGUCGAGCGAUGUGUUGCCGCAGCCCGGGAUGAAUGCGGAUGAUGUUCUCGCGACGAUUGACGCUGUCUCUGCGGGCCAUGAAUUGCAGCGCAGGGACCGCGUCUCGGCCCGUGAACCGGCAAUCCAUGAGAGUAUCUCGGCGUUUGAUAUUGCGACUAUGGCGGCUAUCACGACGGGAUCGACCAAGGUCUUUUUGGAUACGAUCAACCGCACAGAGAAUACAGUUUGUGGUCGUCAUCCUAUUGGCGUGAUCAUGGCUGCCAUGGAGAUUGUCGCGGCGAGUCAGCCACCGAACGAUAAGCAGGGCCGCUUCCAUUUCUUGCGGUAUGAGCGUAGUUCUGACGCGGUGGAUGUGUCGGAUAGCUCAGUGAGCUAUGUCUCUGCUUUUGCAGUGCUCUAA